GCUGCCUCCUGUAAGUGACCUCCCUUGCCAUAUUCAGCAUGGAAAUAGAUGGCAUCAGAAAACUGAACCAGAAACUCAGUAAAACAGAGAAGAAAUUGCGACAGAAACAGAUUAAAGCCAGAAAUACUUUGCUAAGGCAUGAGGGCAUUGAGUGUGUCUCGUCACCUACCAAGAGCUUGGUUAUUGCCAAUGGAGGUCUGGGGAAUGGCGUAAGUAGAUGCCAACUGCUCGCUGUGGUGGAAGAAUGUGGGCCAGUGGAAGCACUCUUAAUGCCACCAAAUAAACCCUAUUCAUUUGUGAAAUACAAGUUGAUAGAAGACUGCAAGCAAGCCUAUGACAUUCUCAAUGGAAAGGAGAUUGUUUUGGAGGACUCCAGCCAAGGCAUCGUUCUGUAUUUCAACUUUGUGGAAAAAGUUCCUUGGGAGGUCACAACACCUACAACCUUGCCUCCGGGCCUGAGGGUAAUUGAAGAUCUGGUUUCUCCUGAAGAAGAAAGACAACUUCUGGAAAGCAUUGAUUGGACAGAGGAUGAGGUCAUUCCAAGUGCUCAGAAGGCUUUGAAACACAGAAGAGUAAAGCAUUUUGGAUAUGAGUUUCGGUAUGAUAACAACAAUGUGGAUAAAGACAGACCUUUGCCUGGAGGUCUCCCAGAUCUCUGUAACGUGCUUCUUACAAAGUGCCUGAAGCUGGGAUACAUUAAGCAGAAACCUGAUCAGCUAACUGUAAAUCAGUACGACCCUGGACAAGGAAUCCCCCCUCAUAUAGAUACGCAUUCUGCUUUUGAGGAUGAGAUCAUUUCGCUCAGUUUAGGAGCAGAGAUUGUGAUGGACUUUAAACAUCCAGAUGGACAGGCAGUAGCAGUUAUGCUGCCUCAACGCAGUUUGCUUGUGAUGAGUGGAGAGUCCAGGUAUCUUUGGACCCAUGGCAUCACACCUAGGAAGUUUGAUGUUGUUCCUGCAUCUGAAGGACGGAAAGUUGGAACAGUCUCUGCAAACACUGGAGAUUUAACUUUAAACAAAAGAGGGAAAAGGACAUCUUUUACAUUCAGAAAAGUGAGGAGAAGCGCUUGCAAUUGUGCUUACCCUUCUGUGUGUGACAGUCAGCAUAAAGAUACAGCACCUUCAAUCCCUAUCAACGAUAAUGAAGCCUCAAAACUAGAGGAAAAGUAUGUCCAUGAGGUGUAUGAGGAAAUUGCUGGGCAUUUCAGCAACACUAGACACAGCCCCUGGCCACGGGUCGUUGAAUUCCUUAGGGGUUUACCAUGUGGAGCUGUGGUGGCUGAUGUUGGCUGCGGGAAUGGAAAGUAUUUAGGAGCUGGCAAGGAUUUGUACAUGCUUGGCUGUGAUCGUAGCAAGAAACUUGCGGACAUCUGUGGACAGAAGGGAUUUCAGGCUGUUGUGUGUGACGCCCUCUCUGUGCCGAUACGAAGUGACUCCUGUGACGCCUGUAUCUCCAUUGCCGUGAUUCACCAUUUUGCAACAGUAGAGAGAAGACUGGCUACUCUUUAUGAAUUAGUUCGAUUACUGAGGCCGGGGGGAAGGGCUCUCAUUUAUGUCUGGGCUAUGGAACAGGAAUACAACAAACAGAAGUCUAAGUACCUGAAAGAAAAAAGAGCUCACAGGGGCAGGAUGGAGGAAACCAACAGCGAGGCGUAUGACAGUGGUUGCCAUUCAGUGUGCCCCAGUGAUGGCACCAACCAGGCACUCCACCCCAAGCUUUCUGUUCAUACCAACAGAACUUCCUUUGACUCCCAGGACUUGCUGGUCCCUUGGCAUCUGAAAGACAGCACAAAGGAAAAAGGAGAGCCAAGCAAAUCCCAUCAACCUCUGCUGGAUUCUGCAAAUUUGUGUGAACCAAGUCCUGUUUUUCACCGUUAUUACCAUGUCUUCUGUGAAGGAGAACUAGAAUUGGUCUGCAAAAGCCUGAAAUGCAUAAAGGUAGAAGAGAGUUACUAUGACCAAGGAAACUGGUGUGUGGUUCUUGAAAAGCAGUAACAUUAUUUAAUUUUAAAAAAAUCAACCGAAUCAUCAACUGAAUCAUCAACUGCAAUAAAAGGGGACAUUUUCCUCUAAAUAUUUGUUUGCAGUGCUUCUAAAAAGCACUGCAAUAAAAAGCAUAUUUUGUUGGUGUCCAGUUUUUCGUUCUGCUUUUAUAUUUAUAAAGUGAUAUUGCCUUUA